UAUCGUUGUGCAGUUUCCGGUUGCAUUCAUUUUAUUGAAUAUUUUGUAACUGGCUGUCGACGCUGCACGUUUUUAAUUUUCGAUCUCGUUCACCGCUCUCGUCAUUUUUAAGAAGUGCUUUUUUUUCGCAGUAAAUUGAUUUUGUGGGCAAAGUUUAGGAAAGUAUGAGUGACGAGUGGGAAGAAAUCGAAAGUGGUGGAAAGUCAUUUGGCCGCACCGACUAUGGAAGCGUUGAACAUGAGGAACCAGACCAAUAUCACCGUGGCAAUGGUAGUGAUGGAGGUGGUUUUCGAGGCCGUGGCGGUCGUGGUGGCCGAGGCGGUCGUGGUGGAGGAUUUGGAGGAAGUAGAAACUACAACAACGGAGGCAGCGGAUCCAAUGGUUACAGCGAGCAUUGUGACCGCGAUCAGGAUGAUAACGACUACCGAAACGGCGAUGGUGGUUUUGAAGGUCGAGGUCGUGGACGUGGACGUGGUCGUGGUCGCGGCGGAAGAGGUGGACGUGGCGGCUUUGAUAGAAAUGAAAACGACGGUGACGACGGAUACAAUCGCGGAGGAGGCGAUAGCCGGGGUGGUUUUCGACCUCGUAAGUUUGACGAUAAUAACAACUUCGGUGGCGAGGGCGAUGAUCAAGUUAAAACAGACAAACCAAGAGAGCUCUAUAUUCCACCCGCACCUACCGAAGAUGAAGAUGAAAUGUUUGGCUCUGGAAUUAGUUCCGGAAUAAACUUUGAUAAAUUUGAUCAAAUUAAAGUUAAUGUAACAGGUGAGAAUCCGCCUAGUCCUAUAGCUUCUUUCUCUAGUUCCGGACUGCGAGAUUAUCUACUGGGUAAUGUACGAAAAUGUAAUUACUCCAAGCCGACACCAAUUCAAAAACAUGCUAUACCUAUCAUUAUGGACAAACGAGAUUUAAUGGCAUGUGCACAGACUGGCUCUGGAAAAACAGCUGCGUUUCUUCUACCCAUGAUUAACACGUUGCUGAAUGAUAACGAUGAUAUGGAGAGUGGUUAUCCAUUUGUUGUAAUUAUUGCUCCAACUCGUGAGUUAGCCUUGCAGAUCUUCAACGAGGCCCGCAAAUUUGCUCUUGGAACAAUUUUGAAAGUUUGUGUUGCUUAUGGAGGAACUGCCAGCCGUCACCAGAUGGACGUGUUGAACAAUGGAUGUCAUAUUCUAGUGGCAACGCCUGGUCGUCUCUUGGAUUUUGUAGAUAAGCAGGCUGUAAACUUUUCGAAGGUGAAAUUCGUUGUUUUGGACGAAGCUGAUCGAAUGCUGGACAUGGGAUUUAUGCCCGCUGUGGAAAAAGUAAUGAACCAUGAAACAAUGUUACCGAAAGAAUCUAGACAGACUCUCAUGUUUUCAGCAACGUUCCCUCCAGAAAUUCAAGAACUAGCCGGCCAAUUUCUUAAUAAUUACAUUUUUGUUGCUAUUGGUAUUGUGGGUGGUGCCAGCUCAGAUGUGGACCAGAUUGUCUAUGAAGUGAGUCGAUUUCAGAAACGCAAAAAGCUAGAGGAAAUUCUGGAAACAGAUGAUCCUACUGGGACAAUGGUGUUUGUUGAAACUAAACGUAACGCAGACUAUUUGGCUUCGCUUUUGUCUGAGACGAAAUUCCCGACUACUUCGAUUCACGGUGAUCGACUGCAGCGCGAACGGGAAGAAGCUUUGCGUGAUUUUAAGUCUGGAAAAAUGUACAUACUGAUAGCCACGUCGGUGGCAGCUCGUGGUUUAGACAUCAAAAACGUUGCCCACGUUAUCAAUUAUGAUUUGCCGAAAAGCAUCGAUGACUAUGUGCAUCGCAUUGGCCGUACUGGGCGCGUUGGUAACAAAGGCAAAGCCACCAGUUUUUACGACCCGGAGAACGAUUCCGCACUUGGGGCAGAUCUGGUCAGAAUUUUACAGCAGGCUGGACAGCAAGUUCCGGACUUUUUACAAAGCUUGGGUGGUUUCGGAGGCGGUAGUUCGUUCAGUGCAUCUAACCAGUUUGGCGGAAGGGAUAUUCGAGAUGCCAGUGGCUCUCGAACUGACGCUCAGCCUUCUCAGUUGGAGCCGGAAGAUGAAUGGGCCUGAUUUCACAACAGAUUUGGUAUGGUAGAUGUCGGAAAAAGGUUUUAAAUACCAUGAACUCUUAAUUCUCUAGUACUUAUGUUAUGAAUAUUUUUUAUUUUAUGUACAUUCCCGGAAUGAAUGUAAUGACAAAUUUGAUAAAAAUAAAAGAAUUGC